AUGACGAAAUCACAGGGGCUGUAUCGGGAUUCUGAAUCCGUCAGUCCAGUUUGUUUGGGACUCUUCGUUAUAGAAAUUAUAUGGAGGCCUUAUUCCAACUCGGCGUCAUUACAGCUGCAGUACAUCCUUCUGGUCCCGACUGUUCUACAAGAGAGCUCUUUGGAUAAAGCUUGUGUCCAGCUACACAACCUGACGGAAUCGGUCCUUCUGACUGUCUCCCUCGACUACAAUGAGAUCCAGACCAAGAUACUUGAAGAGCCUGUUACGGGAGAAAAUUUCUUCAAAUGCCUCAGCUUUGAGGUUCCUCGGGCCCAGGAAGAACCCCUGGCUUUCAUCACAUUCUCUGCCAAAGGAGCCACUGUCCACCUCGAGGAGAGAAGGUCUGUGGCAAUCAGGCCCAAAGAAAAUGUCGUCGUGGUGCAAACAGAUAAAUUCAUAUAUAAGCCCGGACAGAAAGUACUGAUUCGAAUUGUGUCUCUGGAUGAUGACUUCAGGCCUAUUAAGGAAACGUAUCCAACAAUCAACAUUGAGUUAAUCUCAGAGUCCAUCCUUGGUUGGUACAAUAUCAUUGUGAAGACGGCCUCUGGAAAGACAAAGUAUAACUACUUCUCUGUGGAAGAAUAUGGUGAAGAUAUUGAAACACAUUUUCUCAAUAGCCACAAGUACACCUAUGGCAAGCCUGUGGAGGGGAAAGUUAGCCUCAGCGUGUGCAGGGAGUCAAAAUUACAGACUUUCUGCCAACAUCCUAAUUCACUUUGUAAAAAUUACACAGCUCAGUUGGGAAAAGAUGGCUGCUUCUCUCAAAUGAUUGCCACAGAUGCCUUUGAGCUAAAUCGUGAAGGAUACUGGAAUUCUCUGAAACUUCACGCUCUUGUCACAGAGAGCGGGACAGGUAUACAGCUCACAGAAUACUCGUCUGUGUACAUCGACUCAGCUAUGGUGAAGGUCAGAUUUGAGAAUAUGGAUGACUUCUACAAACAGGGACUCCCUUAUGUGGGCCAGAUUAAAUUGCUUUAUCCUAACAACUCUCCCAUCCCAAAUGAAGUGAUCCAGCUGCAACUGCAGGGUGAGACCGUGGGUACCUACACCACAGAUGUGAAUGGCACUGUUGAGUUUUCCUUGGACACAUCAAAGAUCACAUACCCCAACAUCACUCUAAAAGCUAUCUACAACGCCACGGAAAAUUGCAAAGUGGAAGGCUGGGUGUUGCCCAGAUACCCGCAGCCAGAGUACGUGGCAUACCGAUUCUACUCCAAGACAAACAGCUUCCUGAAGAUUGUGCCACAGAGGGGGGAGCUGAGGUGCCAGCAGCAGGAGCAGGUGACCGUGCACUACCUUCUCAACACAGAUGACCUGGAGGACAAGAUCUUCACCGCCAGCUUCAACUAUCUGAUGAUUGCCAGGGGAACCAUCAUUCUUCACGGGCAACAGAACGUUAAGAUCAGUCACAACGAUUUUCUUUCCACAGCUGUGGCCGGCACAUUUUCCAUCCCCCUGGAAGUGGGCACCGAGUUGGCGCCCUCCGCACACUUGCUGGUCUACACAUUGCACCCUGAAGGAGAGGUGGUUGCCGACACCACCGAUUUCCAAAUCGAGAGCUGCUUCAAACAUAAGGUCAACUUGAAUUUUUCUAAAGAAACCAGUUCACCGGGAUCUGCUGUCGGCCUUCGGGUCUCUGCUGCUCCAAACUGCGUCUGUGCACUCUCAGCCGUGGACCAAAGUGUGCUCUUGAUGAGCAGUUACCGCCAGCUAACAGCACAGAGUGUUUAUAAUGAGCUGCAUUUCAAGAAUUUAUAUGGAUAUUAUUUCAGAAGUCUUAACUUAGAGGACACCCCUAAAGGGCCGUGUCUCAAUAAUGAACAAAUCCUUUAUAAAGGAAUUUAUUACUCACCCGAACGGGCUUUCGGGGUAGAUGCUUAUGACCUUGUGAAGGCCAUGGGAUUGAAGGUUUUUACCAACUCUCACCUCCGGAAACCAGUGCUGUGUAAGAAUUCCAAUCGAGGUGACUACGAUGAAUCAAUUUACAAGUAUUACCUGUCCGUAUCUGUGGGUGUCAAUGGGAUGUUCCGCAUAUGCACUGUAGCACAAGCAAACCACACUAAAUAUAACGCUGUGGCUGGUGGCGGUGCCGACAUUUUCAUUCAGAGAGGUCAUAGUGAAACUGUGAGAAAAGAAUUUCCUGAAACUUGGAUUUGGAAUCUUAUCACAACAGACUCCACAGGGGAAGCCAACCUCCAUCUUACUGUUCCCGAUACAAUCACGCAGUGGAAGGCCAGUGGAUUCUGCGUGAAUGACAAAGUUGGGUUUGGCAUAUCCCCAACCAUCUCCCUGACAGCUUUCCAGCCCUUCUUUGCAGACCUCACUUUGCCCUACUCGGUGGUGCGAGGCGAGGCGUUUAUCCUGAAGGCCAAUGUCUUCAACUAUCUGAACAUCAGCGUCCAGGUGAACACUGAACUGAACGCCUCUACUCUUUACCAAGCCAGAUCUCUCUCCACUGAAGAUGACAAUGAUUAUGUUAGUAGCAAUAUGAAAAAAUCUUUUACUUGGCUGGUUACUCCGGCAGUUCUGGGUGUUAUCAACAUCAGUGUCACCGCAAGUACCCUGCCAAACGCUCAGGGCAUCGGCUGGAAGGACACCCUCAUCCAACCACUGCUGGUGGAGCCGGAAGGUAUCAAGAGGGAGACAACACAGAGUUCUCUUAUUUGCACAAAUGGAUCCAGCGUGUCUCAACAAAUUAUGCUCACUACACCAGAAAACCUAGUGAAAGAUUCCCUGAGAGUGUACUGGUCUGUCGUUGGAGACAUUCUUGGUUAUGCCAUGCAAAACUCACAGAAUUUUCUCCAAAUGCCUUUUGGUUGUGGAGAACAGAAUAUGGCCCUCUUUGUGCCUAAUAUUUACAUCUUGGACUAUUUGAAUCAGACUCAGCAGCUGACCGAAGAGAUAAAAUCCAAGGCUGUUGGGUACCUGACCACAGGCUAUCAGAGACAGCUGUCUUAUAAACACGCCGACGGAUCGUACAGUACCUUUGGAGAAAAAGACGAACACGGAAACACAUGGCUCACUGCAUUUGUGUACAAAUCAUUUGCACAGGCCAAACGCUACAUCUACAUUGACGACCAAGUCCAGUCCCAGACUCUGGUUUGGCUCUUAAGUAUCCAGAAGCCAGACGGCUGCUUCCCGAAUUUGGGCAGCGUCUUCAACAACGUGCUGAAGGGAGAAGAAGAUAGCGAAGUCUCUCUUACUGCCUACGUUAUCAUUGCACUGGUGGAAGCUGGCCACCCGGCCGGGUUUGUGGCGAUCAGGAAAGGUCUGCAGUGCAUCGAAGCCGCGGCUGGGAAGAGAGCCCUGACCACCUACGACCGGGCCCUCCUGUCCUAUGCUUUCAGUUUGGUAGGCGACACAGAAAGAAGGGAAUUCUUCGUGGAAGCGCUGCGCACAGAAGCAAGGACCGUAGGUGGCUCGGUGCACUGGGAACUAGAAGAGAAGCUGCCCACCGCAAGGCCAUCCUCUGCCCCCCACCCCUGGGCUUCCUCUGCGGACAUCGAGAUAACCAGCUACGCCUUGCUAGCGCUCCUGUCGGACCCCCAGCUGACCUCCGAGGGGCUGACCUACGCCUCGCGGGUCGUGCAGUGGGUGGCGAUGCAGCAAAAUUCCCGUGGAGGCUUCUCGUCCACCAAGGAUACUGUGGUAGCCCUCCAGGCUCUGACUCUGUUCCAAAGGCUUACUUUUACGAAGGACAGACAAAACUCCGUGCGGAUUUCCUCUGAGAAGACAUUCGACAUGGCCUUCCAGGUGAACGAUGAGAACCGUCUGCUGCUGCAGCAAAUUCCGUUGCCAAAAGCGGAGGGCAACUACACGGUGGCCGUGCGGGGCGAUGGCUGCGUGUACGUGCAGACUACUAUGAGAUACAAUAUCCUGCCAACCAAGAGGUCACGUGGUUUUACGCUGUCUGUGAAUACAGCCAAUGCUUCAUGCAGAGGAGUAUUUGAUACAAAGUUUGACCUAAUUGUUUCAGCCAGUUACUGUGGAAAGCGCAACACUUCCAACAUGGCGAUCAUUGAUGUAAAGAUGCUUUCAGGAUUCACACCUGAUAAAUCAUCCAUUAAGAAGCUUCAAGAAGACGGGAAAGUACAGCGAGUAGAAAUCAAAACCACCCAUGUCUUCUUCUAUCUGGAGAACGUUCCACAGGAAGGGGUUCAAUUCUCAUUCUCCGUGGAGCAAGACACACUAGUCUCUAACAUCAAGCCUGCAUCUGUUCAGAUCUAUGAUUACUAUGCAGCUGAUGAAUUUGCAGUUACAAAAUACAGCACCCCAUGCAAUCAGAUUUACUUUGUGGCCUCGGUGACCUUUUUUACGGUCCUGGUAGCCAGCUUGGUAGAUAGACAGCCACAGCUGGGCAGUACAGGCUUAAAGACUCCCAGAGCCAGCCACAGCUGGUGGAGAGCGGAGCCGCUGCGCCCUCUGCAGGAGGACUCUGCAAGACCCUCCGGGCCCUCCCCUGAAGUCCCCUUGGAAUCCACCACGCCCUUUCUCACCAACAGCCUGCGCACACCAUCAGACAAUAGGCGCUGCAAGAGGUCGUUGAAAGAUUUCUUGGCCCUGCCAAAGAAAGUCCUGGAUGCCGCAGCUCUGCCGAACGGCGUCCGUCAGCGUCACACUCCAGAGCUGACCACCGCGGCCAUUUGUCCACCACUUAAUAUUGCACUUGGAUUCAAUGUCUAA